ACAAUUUCCCGGAUCCAUCCGUCACAAUAGUAUCCAUUUUCCAGUAUCCAACUUCUCGCUCCGAUCAGAGAUUCCGUUAGGGUUUUCUAGAGAGAGAAACUCGCCAUACACCUAACCUCCGGCAGCAACAGAUGAUGAACGAGCAACUGGUUGCGGCCGCAGACGACGGAGCCGGAGUCGCCGCCGUUGUUAAUGCAUCGGCUUCUUCGUCGUCGGAAUCUUCUGGUUCGCGCGUGACGUCAGCGAGUGGUUCGGAUGAUGCUGAUAGUGGAAAGAAUGUUACGACGAACGUCUAUGAUGAUGACGAUGAUGAAGACGGAGAUGUUUGCCGGAUCUGCCGGAAUCCAGGAGAUGUUGAUAAUCCGUUACGGUAUCCGUGUGCUUGUAGCGGUAGUAUUAAGUUUGUUCAUCAGGAUUGUUUGUUACAGUGGCUUAAUCACAGCAACGCUCGACAGUGUGAGGUUUGCAAGCAUCCAUUUUCAUUUUCUCCUGUGUAUGCCGAGAAUGCCCCUGCGAAGCUUCCUUUCCAGGAGUUUGUGGUCGGAAUAUCAUUAAAAGCCUAUCAUGUGUUGCAGUUCUUCUUACGGCUCACAUUUGUACUUUCCGUUUGGCUUGUGAUCAUACCAUUUAUUACUUUCUGGAUAUGGCGUUUCUCAUUCGUAAGGAGUUUCGGUGAAGCUCAGAGGCUAUUUCUGAGCCAUAUAUCUCCUACUUUUAUUCUAACUGACUGUCUUCACGGGUUCUUACUCUCUGCAAGCAUCGUGUUCAUAUUUCUUGGAGCUACAUCAUUGAGGGACUAUUUUCACCAUUUACGAGAACUCGAGGGGGCGGAAGGUGAUGCAAACGGUGCUCGUGUUGCCCGACGACCACCCAACAGAAACCUUGGUGGUGAGAAUGCUGGUCAUAUAAUUAGAAGAAACGCCGAAGAUGUGGCGGCCAGAUUGGAGAUGCAAGCAGCUCGCCUUGAAGCCCAUGUUGAACAGAUGUUUGAUGGUGAUGGUGCAGAGGAUGUUCCGUUUGAUGAGCUUGUUGGUAUGCAGGGCCCGCUUUUUCAUUUGGUGGAAAAUGCAUUUACUGUUCUUGCUAGCAACAUGAUAUUUAUCGGUGUUAUGAUCCUCGUGCCAUUUCACCUAGGACGAUUUGUACUCUAUCAUUUAUCAUGGCUGUUAUCUUCUACUACAAACCCUAUGCUUUCAACUGUUGUACCACUUACAGAGCAAGCACUUUCUCUAGCCAAUAUCACAUUGAAAAACGCGCUGACCGCAGUUGCAAAUUUGACAUCUGAUCACAUCCCAUAUAACAACACCGUGAUUGACCACGUUUCUGAGAUUAUAAACGUGAAUGCUACCGGAAUUACCGAAUCAUCAAACAGUAUUAUACAAGGAGAAACCAAUGUUGCAUCUGUUGCAUCAUGGGUGUCUGAUGUCACAACUCUUGCUUUUGGCUAUACGUUCAUUUUCUCGCUUGUUAUCUUCUACUUUGGAACAGUUGCGGUAGUUAGAUACGUUAAAGGAGAGCCGUUAUUCAUGGGAAGGUUUUACGGCAUUGCUUCAAUCGCAGAGACAAUUCCGUCUCUUUUCAAGCAGUUCUUGACAGCGAUGAAACAUUUAGUGACUAUGAUCAAAGUUGCUUUCCUUUUGGUAGUUGAAUUAGGGGUUUUUCCUUUGAUGUGUGGAUGGUGGCUUGAUAUUUGUACUAUACGGAUGUUUGGCAAGUCGAUUGCUCAAAGAGUUGACUUCUUUUCACUGUCUCCGUUGGCAAGUUCGUUGAUUCAUUGGGCUGUCGGGAUUGUCUACAUGUUGCAAAUAUCUGUAUUUGUCAGCCUUCUUAGAGGGGUUUUGCGUCCUGGAGUUCUAUACUUUCUGCGGGACCCAGCAGAUCCUAAUUACAAUCCUUUUCGGGAUCUAAUCGAUGACCCGGUGCACAAACAUGCUCGUAGGGUUCUGCUGUCAGUUGCUGUGUACGGGAGCUUAAUAGUAAUGCUUGUAUUUCUCCCCGUUAAACUUGCUAUGCGAAUAGCCCCCUCUGUUUUUCCUAUCGACAUAUCAAUAUCUGACCCGUUUACAGAGAUCCCUGCCAACAUGCUUCUUUUUCAAAUAUGCAUUCCAUUUGCUAUUGAGCACUUCAAGUUGCGAGCAACAAUCAAGUCACUGUUACAUUAUUGGUUUACUGCAGUUGGUUGGGCGCUUGGGUUAACGGAUUUCUUAUUGCCCAGACCUGAGGAUGUUGUUGCACAAGAAAACGGAAACCGAGAUCCCGUGAGGCAGGAUCGGCUACAUGCUAUACCAGGGGAACAAGAUGUGAAUGCAGUGAUGCAUGCAGAAGCUGAUGGUGACGAACAAACUGAUUCAGAGAGAUACGGAUUUGUGUUCUCGAUUGUUUUGCUUUUGUUGGCGGCUUGGAUAACACUUCUCGUUUUGAACUCUACGUUAAUUGUGGUGCCUGUCUCACUUGGAAGAGCAUUGUUAAAUGUGAUCCCCCUUAUCCCAAUUACACAUGGCAUGAAAGGCAAUGAUCUAUAUGGCUUUAUUAUUGGAAGUUAUAUUAUCUCAACUCUGCUGGCCGGUGCAAGAUAUUCCAUUGAUCAAAUCAGAACCGAGAGGGCCACGGUCUUACUCGGUCAAAUUUGGAAAUGGUGUUCCAUUAUCGUGAAGAGUUCUUUAUUGUUGUCGAUAUGGAUUUUCGCCAUCCCAAUGAUGAUUGGACUGCUAUUUGAACUUUUAGUGAUCGUACCAAUGCGGGUCCCGGUGGAUGAAAGCCCGGUUUUUCUCUUGUAUCAGGAUUGGGCUUUUGGGCUUAUUUUCCUCAAGAUCUGGACUCAAUUGGUAAUGCUGGACCAGAUGACACCUCUGGUGGAUGACAGCUGGCGAGUGAAGUUUGAGAGAGUGAGAAACGAUGGUUUCUCGAGGCUGCAAGGAUUUUGGGUGCUACGAGAGAUUGUCAUCCCUAUUGUCAUGAAGCUGCUAACGGCUCUAUGCUUCCCGUAUGUGUUAGCCAGAGGGGUGUUUCCGGUAUUUGGGUACCCGUUAGUAGUUAACUCGGCUGUCUACAGAUUCGCAUGGGUCGGCUGUCUUGGUUUUAGUUUAGUGUGCUUUUGUGGUAAGAGGUGUCAUGCAUGGUUCAACGACCUCCACAACUCCAUAAGAGAUGACCGCUAUUUGAUUGGCCGAAGACUUCACAACUUUGGGGAUAACCACAUUGAUUAACAAUACCGGUCAUUUUAAUUUGUGUAAAUACUAUGUGUAGUGUUCAAUAGCAGGCAGUUAAACAGUGCUACAAGUGAAAGUUAUAUGUCUCCUAAAAGUUGGUGUUGUGAAAUGAUUCUAGAACCAUGAGAAACGUUUGGUUGGUUAAUGAUCUUCAGUUUGUUUGGUUGUU